AUGCCCGGGCUGCAGGUCCAACUGGUCACCAACAGCAUGAGACCUUUGCCCGGGCUGCAGGUCCAACUGGUCACCAACAGCAUGAGACCUAUGCCCGGGCUGCAGGUCCAACUGGUCACCAACAGCAUGAGACCUAUGCCCGGGCUGCAGGUCCAACUGGUCACCAACAGCAUGAGACCUAUGCCCGGGCUGCAGGUCCAACUGGUCACCAACAGCAUGAGACCUAUGCCCGGGCUGCAGGUCCAACUGGUCACCAACAGCAUGAGACCUAUGCCCGGGCUGCAGGUCCAACUGGUCACCAACAGCAUGAGACCUAUGCCCGGGCUGCAGGUCCAACUGGUCACCAACAGCAUGAGACCUAUGCCCGGGCUGCAGGUCCAACUGGUCACCAACAGCAUGAGACCUAUGCCCGGGCUGCAGGUCCAACUGGUCACCAACAGCAUGAGACCUAUGCCCGGGCUGCAGGUCCAACUGGUCACCAACAGCAUGAGACCUAUGCCCGGGCUGCAGGUCCAACUGGUCACCAACAGCAUGAGACCUUUGCCCGGGCUGCAGGUCCAACUGGUCACCAACAGCAUGAGACCUAUGCCCGGGCUGCAGGUCCAACUGGUCACCAACAGCAUGAGACCUAUGCCCGGGCUGCAGGUCCAACUGGUCACCAACAGCAUAAGACCUAUGCCCGGGCUGCAGGUCCAACUGGUCACCAACAGCAUGAGACCUAUGCCCGGGCUGCAGGUCCAACUGGUCACCAACAGCAUGAGACCUUUGCCCGGGCUGCAGGUCCAACUGGUCACCAACAGCAUGAGACCUAUGCCCGGGCUGCAGGUCCAACUGGUCACCAACAGCAUGAGACCUAUGCCCGGGCUGCAGGUCCAACUGGUCACCAACAGCAUGAGACCUAUGCCCGGGCUGCAGGUCCAACUGGUCACCAACAGCAUGAGACCUAUGCCCGGGCUGCAGGUCCAACUGGUCACCAACAGCAUGAGACCUAUGCCCGGGCUGCAGGUCCAACUGGUCACCAACAGCAUGAGACCUUUGCCCGGGCUGCAGGUCCAACUGGUCACCAACAGCAUGAGACCUAUGCCCGGGCUGCAGGUCCAACUGGUCACCAACAGCAUGAGACCUAUGCCCGGGCUGCAGGUCCAACUGGUCACCAACAGCAUAAGACCUAUGCCCGGGCUGCAGGUCCAACUGGUCACCAACAGCAUGAGACCUAUGCCCGGGCUGCAGGUCCAACUGGUCACCAACAGCAUGAGACCUUUGCCCGGGCUGCAGGUCCAACUGGUCACCAACAGCAUGAGACCUUUGCCCGGGCUGCAGGUCCAACUGGUCACCAACAGCAUGAGACCUAUGCCCGGGCUGCAGGUCCAACUGGUCACCAACAGCAUGAGACCUAUGCCCGGGCUGCAGGUCCAACUGGUCACCAACAGCAUGAGACCUAUGCCCGGGCUGCAGGUCCAACUGGUCACCAACAGCAUGAGACCUUUGCCCGGGCUGCAGGUCCAACUGGUCACCAACAGCAUGAGACCUAUGCCCGGGCUGCAGGUCCAACUGGUCACCAACAGCAUGAGACCUAUGCCCGGGCUGCAGGUCCAACUGGUCACCAACAGCAUGAGACCUAUGCCCGGGCUGCAGGUCCAACUGGUCACCAACAGCAUGAGACCUAUGCCCGGGCUGCAGGUCCAACUGGUCACCAACAGCAUGAGACCUAUGCCCGGGCUGCAGGUCCAACUGGUCACCAACAGCAUGAGACCUUUGCCCGGGCUGCAGGUCCAACUGGUCACCAACAGCAUGAGACCUUUGCCCGGGCUGCAGGUCCAACUGGUCACCAACAGCAUGAGACCUAUGCCCGGGCUGCAGGUCCAACUGGUCACCAACAGCAUGAGACCUAUGCCCGGGCUGCAGGUCCAACUGGUCACCAACAGCAUGAGACCUAUGCCCGGGCUGCAGGUCCAACUGGUCACCAACAGCAUGAGACCUAUGCCCGGGCUGCAGGUCCAACUGGUCACCAACAGCAUGAGACCUAUGCCCGGGCUGCAGGUCCAACUGGUCACCAACAGCAUGAGACCUAUGCCCGGGCUGCAGGUCCAACUGGUCACCAACAGCAUGAGACCUUUGCCCGGGCUGCAGGUCCAACUGGUCACCAACAGCAUGAGACCUAUGCCCGGGCUGCAGGUCCAACUGGUCAAAAAAAAACCUUGGAACAGCAGGUGA